AUGGCACCCGAUACUUGCAUGCGGUUUAGGAUAUUCGUUUUAGUAUCCGUUGCGUUCGCGACCAAUCCUCGGGAACACCUCGGAGUCAGUCAGGAACGGAUCGAGGACGAAGUAAUUGGUCUGGCUACGUUCGACCCAACGACUGAAAUCAGUCUUUCAGUGAAGCGGCAAUUUGCGGGUCAGACGUUGCACCACCAGCCCGGUAGUCGGUUAGUACACUUCGUCUUGGGCAAGAACGGAGCAAUAGAAAAGGACAAAGUAGUCGGAGAAAAGAAUGGUGAAUUUGGAAACGCAGAUGGCCGAUUGGGUGUGACGCUGGCGCAGCUACUGCACUACCGGUAUCAAGCUGCAUUGGCCAGAGAUGUGCUGUCGAAAUUAGAUUCCGACGAUGUUGUGAACGAAGAAGAUCUGGAGCAUUAUCACCAGCUGGGCGAGCGUCUCGGUCGCGUGGCAGAACAAAUUAAUCAAUUGGCUGCGGUUCCGUACGUGUGUGCACGACCCGUCUCACCGGCGGUUGCGCGCCCUGUGAUGAUCGAGGCGACUACGACUGCGCCCACGACCUUUUUGAAGACGUUGGCACUGAUGGGCGAUGACCCAACCAGCAUCGUCGACGACUACUUCAACGCAGGGGCCGUCUGGGCUCGAUUUGUCGAGUUCUGCGGCGUGGACGCUUCGGGUAUGUACUCCUACGAGUUGCUUCGCUAUUGGAAUACUCAUUACCGCGAGCUACUGGCUGACGCUGUGCCUGUCUUGACUUCUACGUUCGCACACGCGUUUCUCACUAUCGAACACAGGGCCGACGCCGGCCACAGCCCCUCCAUUGCGCUGGCUACCAACGUUAGCCGAGCCCUGAGCACCAUCUGCGACGACGGGGAAGACCUGCCCAUCGACGAACGUCUUGCGGAGUGCUUCACUGCUCCAGGCGGUAGUGCUGCAGACGGCAAGUUGGACAAGUUCCUGUUCCUGGCCUGGGCGGCAACUGACGGGGCCGACUGGCGCGCAGCUGUGAUGCAGUCUAGUUUACAGGAGUUGAGUUUCGUCGCAUGUUUGAUAACAUCACGCACCACGGAGCUACUCGGCGCCUACAGCCCUUCCUGGUGCAGUCUGGAGCCUGCAAAGCCGCUGCCGCGACAGGGCGUGGUCCAGGUUAACCUGGGCACCACGCCUUUGGAGCUAGUCAGGAAUUGGAUGCGGGCUGCCGGCGUCUCUGACGUCGCUUCUCUACCGCCUGUCAAACGAGCUAUGACUCAACGCCCAUAG